AUGCAGUCUCAGCUGUCGACGACUAGUCCCGAAGAUUCGGAGCAUCGGCAGAGAUCGAAGCGCCCUCGGCUGACGGCCUCUCAGCUUGAACGCAAGAGAGAGCUAGACCGAGAUGCUCAACGUUUGAUCCGCGCUAAGACCAAAAGCCGUAUUGCACAUCUAGAGAGCCUUGUGAGUAUCUUACAGGCUCCGGAGGCAACCAAUACCAAAACAUCUGAGCUUAUUGCUCAAGUCAACAGCCAGAAGCAAGAGAUCGACAAAUUACGCGAUGCACUAGCUGGGAUCUCGAGGAUUGUCAGUUCCGCUGGGACUCUUACUAUCAUACCACCAAUUUCAGCUACCCUCGAGAACAUACUUCCUCCAGAUCCUCUACAGCAGAGCCUAGGAGAACCACGCUCAUUUACUGCGGAUGAGCUGAGCGGAGGACUCCAGGGGCCACCUCCUUCAGAAAUCCCUGAGGGUGUUAAUAAUGUGCGAGCCUACCUACGAGAUGAAAUAUCGAAUUUACGACAGCCUGAUAGAAGAGUCAUAUCAGAGACUGUUUCUCUUAGCUUCGACAAUGGUACCUCAAGUUCACCUGAAGAUUUCGGUUUAGGAAGAAGCCAACCGUUAAUUGACAGCGAGAACGGGAGGAAAGUGCAAUUUUUCAAGCGGGGAACGCGACAAAAGUCUGGAAGCAGAGGCUGCGUUAGUCAAAUUGCGAAUGAAAUCCUUCAGAAAUCCUCUCUAGACGGGAGAUUAUGGUAUCUUGCGGGCAGUAUACUGGCUUCUAUCCUGGAAGCUCCUGACCAGCAGUUGACCCCGUCUAAAUAUAGCGAAGACAUCGCGGUUCGAGCCGUGCUACAUGGCUGGUCAACUCCUGCAUCUCGGUACAACCUCGAUGCUGGCUGGCAGUGGCUACGACAUCUUGACGAAGCCCUGUACUCAUCGCUUGGGAUACCUGAGAGACUGGCAAUUUUGCGAAUAAUGAGACUGCAAUAUCUGGCACAAGUUCAUCCAGAGACCAAACACCUUCUGCCACUCCCUGAUUAUCUGAAAGCAAGACCGGCCCAACUCCAUGUUGACCACGACCCACUGGUCGAACACUUCGUCUGGCCUGGUGUUCGAGAACACAUCCUUUUCAGUCCCAGAAAGUACGCCACGAAUAAAUUCAUGGAUGAGUUUCGAGAGCAGUCCAAAUUUGUGUGGCCGUUUGAACCAGAAAAUACAUUCAUGCGUAACACCAUGACCGGGUUAUAUUCCUACUCACCAGCGUUCAUCGAGCGGCAGAAGGAUCUACGCUGUUGGACUAUGCGAUCUGACUUCUUUGAAAAAUUCCCCGAACUCAGGACAGAUAUUCCAGCUUUUAACCCGCCUCUCCUAAACACGGGCAUGCGACUUUCACUUCCAUCACCAAGCGUGCGUGACAAUAGUGACAACAUAGUCAAUAAUGCCUCAGCCUUACCACAAGGUGAAGAUGACAUGGAUGGCAUAGACUACCCAUUUGGGACAAUCCCUGUCACUGGGCAGGCCAAUCCUUUAGAGAUCGCGGAUACUCCAGAAUGGGCACCAGCACUUGUUUGA